GCGGAUUAGCCUGGAGCACGGAACACCGGUUUGUUGUCGCAGCUGUCACGGCAUUUAAACGGGAAGAUCUCUCAGCCACUGCUGGGUCACAGGUCGAUACAACGACCAAGUGCCCUGCCCGUGAAGAGACGUGCUUCCAUGGGCCAAAACUAAUGAGCUCGUAGUCUUCUGGUCAGGUUUGGAGGUUGAAAUGAAGACCUCUUUCAUCCUCCGCGCGGCGCUUUUCUUCACAUCUGCAAUUCUCCCAAAGGGGAAGAGGGCUGGAGAAGUCCCUCUGACAACAGUCCAGGGCUUGAGGAGACAAGUUAAGACUUUAGACAUCAUGAAUCGCCACUUGCGAGCGUCCUUGCAUCCUCACUGCUUCCGCAUGUUUCACGGCUUCCGUCAAUCUUCUAGAAGAAGUGGUCGAUCAGGAUGGGGAUGCUCUCGACGGUCCAAUCGAGAGGACGAUGUCUACCCUUGGGCAUCUCUUGGCUCGUGGUCUUGUGACACUCCCGCUGCCCUCCAGGAGAAGGUCCCCAAUCACAUCAUCUCUGUCAUCCCUGAGCCUGACCACAGCAGCUCCCACUCGAGGUGGCAGGUGCUGCUGUUCCAAUGCAUAUGCUCCUCUUGUCGAGCUCGCACAAAUUUUGCAUGCCUCACCCAUUGCCCUCAAACCCUUGGUCUCGCAGCCAAUCCGAAGCUCGGGUCGGGUCGGGACAACAUCAUUUCGCCACCAUAGGCGCUGGAGAUAGCCAUCCAUUGGAGGAGCCUCGUAGGUUGUUGCCUCUGAUGAGUUACCUCCCAGCUGA